AGCAGAAGGGACAGUUGCAUAGUCCGGACCUUGCGGUCGAGUUUUGUGGAUUUUACGGAGCGUGGGGCCGAAAUUUUUACCUCAUGUGCGGCCCAAGGACUUCAUAUCGUAUGGAUUUGUGAAAAUAACAAGCUAAAAUGGCUGAAAAAUCUAGCGGAUCGCCUUCGAAGGGGAACUUGUACGAUGUUUUGGCGAUCUUGGUGUUCCCUUUACGAGCGCUCACGGCGAACUCUGGCAUGGGGAGCCAAACACUGGCAAGGAUUUACUUGUCUUUCUAUACAUGUGCCUGCCUGCUCAAUUGCUGGAGCUAUGCGACCUCAAUACCUCAGAUCAAGCGGUUCAGUUUUGUGGAGGAACCGCAGGACGUGAUCGUUGUCAAGGAUACGGCAGCGUUACUCCACUGUUCAGCACAGUAUCCCAACCACUCUCCAGAUAUCCAGUGGCUGAAGGAUGGAGAGUUUAUUAAUUUUAAAGGUGAAAAUAGAAGAUAUAAAUUAUCAAAUGGGUCGUUGUACUUUAACACAGUUCAUCACUCCAAAGGCCCCGAUUCUGAUAGGGGGCGCUACCAGUGUGUGGCAAGCGUUGAAGGCCUUGGCAGUAUCAUCAGUCGAGUGGCAGUUUUACAGAUAGCUCAUCUUGCCAGAACCUUCGACGUUGUGCCAAAGCCAUUCUCUCCACAGUUAUAUUUAGGUGAUGUCGCCAUGUUCAAAUGUUCCAUAGAGGGUGCACCAGCACCGACAAUAAUCUGGUAUCGGGACGGCGACAAGUUAGAAGAGCGGUUUAACGUAAAAGGAGAUAAAAAGACAAUUCAGAUUUAUCCUGAUGGGGUGCUAGAAAUGACUGGUAUGGAGUUUGAAGACUUCGGAACCUACCAGUGUGAGGCUUCUAAUGUAGAUCGUACGCGCAAGAGUUCAACAGUGGAAAUUGUGCAGAACCCAAAUAUAGCUGAUUACCAAGGUGUGCCGCCCCGUUUUGUAAUGAAGCCAGAAGAUACACGGGGAAUUAAAGGUGACGAUGUUUACCUCUACUGCGGAGCAAACGGAAGAGAUAGAAAAGACUCGCAUCCAAAAAUUAUCUGGUUAAAAGAUGGUGUUACCGUGGAUACCACAAAGAAUUCUCGUUUUAACUUGGUGGGUCAGGGCACGUUACAGAUCGCAAACGUGACGGAAGUGGACGCUGGCACAUACACGUGUCGCGCCAGUAACCUUGAGGACUCCAUAGACGCCGACGCACUCUUGCAUAUAUUAGUCGAACCAAAGAUAGUGAAAGAGCCCAAAGAUGUGUACGCUCACGUGAACGCGGAUGUGACCUUUGACUGUGAAGUGUAUGGUAUCCCUCAGCCAACUGUGAAAUGGCUGAAAGACGGCGACCAGAUCAUUCCCAGCGAAUAUUUCCAAAUAACAGACAAAAAGGGACUGAGGAUUCUGGGCUUGGUUGCCUCUGACGAUGGCAUCUAUCAGUGCUUCGUCGAAAACCAGUUGUCCUCAGUUCAAGCCAGUGCACAGCUUGUGAUUUUACAGCAAGUUUCUUGGAACGAAAAUGUUCUCCGUGCUGUUGCUGUAAUGGUACCUCAUUCUCUUUACACGUCUUCAUUUGUGUUUUCUUUUGCUUUGGUAUUAUUAAGUUUUGCUUUUUCUUCAUUUUUCCCCCCUUUUCUGUUUUUCUCCCUUGUCUUUGCUGUUGCGUUACCCUCCCCCCGGCCCUUUGCAGACGUACCCUUGCCCCAGGCCCUCUCUCUGACAUCACCACGCCCACUUCAUCCAGGAGGACGAAACGUAAACGUCGACAACCUCCCUCAAGGCCCCACCAACCUCCAGGCGGCACUGAUUUCUACGGGCUUUGUCACGUUGCUAUGGCGACAGCCCGAGAAAUUGUACGAGGGAGAGGAACCGGUGACGAUGUACUCGGUCUUCUGGAAAGAGAAAGGAUCUGAUAGGGAGCGUGUUAUGAACACAACAAUUUUGGAGGCGAACAUUCAACAUUUGAAGCCGGAUACAGAGUACGUGUUCCGUGUGGUCUCGUACAACAAAGUGGGGCCGAGUCGCGACUUUGUCAGACUGACCGUCCGUACGGAGCCGGAAGUUUUUGUCCCAGAUCCGCCUACAAAUGUCCGUGCGACAACUCUGUCAGCGGAUUCCAUCAAAGUGGAAUGGGAUCCACCCAAAGAAGAGAACGGAAACAUUAUCCAGUACGAGUUGAUUUAUUAUGAAGUCGGGGCCAAUGGCGAGCACGAAGUCACUGUCGAUGGGUUUUCAAAAACUUUAACCAACCUGAAGGCAUUCACGGAAUACAGUUUCCGUGUUGUAGCUCAUAACCAGAAUGGACCGGGCCGAAGCACGGAAGAGUUUGUCGCCAGGACGUAUUCCGAUCGGCCGAGCGCUGAACCGCAGAAUGUCACGUUAGAAGUUUCUAGUACAACGAGUAUAAUUGUCCGUUGGGAACCUCCGCCAAAAGAUCAGCAGAACGGCUUCAUCACCGGUUACAAGAUUCGCUACAAGAAAAAAGGUGGUAAUAGUGAGAUAGCUACGCCAGACAAGAACCGCCGCGCUUUCGCACUGACUGGACUGGAGAGGAACACGGAGUAUCAUGUACGACUAACAGCACUGACCGUCAACGGAAGUGGCCCUGCCACUGAUUGGCUGACAGCUACAACUUUGCGGGAUGACCUAGAUGAAUCCAGAGUUCCUGGCCCUCCAACUCGGUUGCGACUACAGCCAAUGAGCAACUCCAUCAUCGUGAGAUGGGAGCCACCCAUAGAAAUGGGCAUUGCGGUCAAAGGUUAUAUCCUUGGUUACGGAAUUGGCAUCCCGGAUGUGUACCUUCAGGUACUUGAUGCCCGACAGCUUCAUUACAGGAUUGAGAAUCUGAGACCAGCGUCAGAAUAUGUGAUCAGCUUAAAGGCUUACAAUGACAAGGGUCACGGCUUUAAGAAACUCGAAACAGCAUUGACUCGGGAGGAGCCCACACCUGAACCAGCGACUCCCAUGAUCCCACCUGUGGGAUUGAAGGCAAUCGUUCUGUCUGCCAAAACAAUUGUCCUCACAUGGACGGAUUCGACCCUCGGGAAAAGCCAACGAAUCAACGACAACAGAUAUUAUACCAUACGCUACACUUCCAUUCCCAACAAGAACAACCGAUAUCGCUAUAGCAACAGUACAGAUCUGAAUAUUCACAUCGAUGAUCUGAAGCCAAACACCCAGUAUGAAUUCUCGGCCAAGGUUAUCAAAGGUCGUCGACAGAGCACCUGGAGUCUGAGCGUGUUCAAUAAGACGUUUGAAUCAGCUCCUGGAUCUAUCGCAAGGGAUUUAACUCCUGUUCCAGUGGAGGGAAAUCCGAUGGCUGUUACGCUAAACUGGCAACCUCCCCAACGGCCAAAUGGGCAAAUUAUUGGUUACUUGGUGCUGUAUACCACAGACUCCAGCCAAGGGGAUAGAAACUGGGUUGUUGAAGAUGUCCUUGGAGAUGACCUUUCCACGACGAUUAAUGACCUUACCCCAGAUACAACCUAUUAUUUCAAAGUUCAACCAAGAAACAAUAAGGGAUAUGGGCCAAUGUCACCCACUGUUAUAUACAGAACUCCUAAAGCGGACGGCACGGGAGGUGGGCAAAUUGAGACUCCAGGGCGGGGCAACUUCUUCCCUCCCAAUGACAGAGUACCUAGCUCCAGUGCUGAGGAAGGAAAAGCUGACCAAGAGGGCACAUCGAAACAGAAGGGAAUCUCCAACAACGUUUUAAUCAUCAUCAUAGCUUGCGUUGUCGGCGUGACAUUCUGUGUCAUCAUUUUUGUCGUGACUCUUGUGUUUUGUCGUCGGCGUACAAACAAUGUUGAAUCGGAACCAAAGAACCAGGGCACAUACAAGUCACCCAGUAAGGGACCAGUCAAAGAUGUCAAGCCACCGGACCUGUGGAUUCAUCAUGACCACCUCGAGCUGAAGAACAUGCAGAAGGCCACCUGGUGGCGGAGAGCCGACGAUGACGGUCCACGCCAAUCCCGCGCAAUUCUCAGGAGAUCAAACACGCGGAGGAGAUGCAGCAUGCGCUGGAGAUGGACAAGCGAAGAAACUCCUUUUAUAGGUGAGUUACAGAAUGGAACACUGCACGGUGGUCGAAUUCAUGAAAGGUCAGAGCCACCUAGUUAUGAGCCCCGCCCUGAAGAGAGGUACCAGCGACCAAUCACAGUGAGGCCCAAACCCAUCAUGCUGCCUGUGGACAGCCAACCGCAUCCUCCGAGAGAACCCAUAGCAACGGUCACUGCCAUGCCCAAUGGUCAUGUGAUGCAAGUGGUAGACCCCCAGCAGGGUGGAGUUCCCAUGAGACCUGUGUACCCACGAACCCAGUACAACACACAAUACUCUUCAACACCAAGGGUUCAUGCGGAGACGUCUCGCAGCCCAGCUCAAGUUUCUGUUUAUGGAGAUGAUGAUGAAGAGUAUGACCCAGUUGCCUCUGACCCUCUUCUUGGCGAAAAAUCUCCAUAUCGCAGUCGGAUUGGUUAUGUGAAACCCCAGCAGCCUGUGAAUAGCCCAUACAAAAAACCCAACCCACCAAUCACGAGCGCACCUAUCAAGCCCAGGAUGCCCAUCAGCCACAGGGGGCCAGACGUCACCCUUAAGGCCAAAGUCAAGGACGAAAGGGAGAGAGAGAAGUCUCUGAGCACGGAAGAGUUGACAGCUGAAAUGGCAAAUCUUGAAGGCCUGAUGAAAGAUCUGAAUGCUAUCACACAGCAGGAGUUUGAAUGCUAGCCAUGGACUGAAUCUGAGAGUGGAUAUGACAUCGCAUCCACAGGAGUGGACAUGACUAACUUAAUUCCACAAAAAGAAGACAUGACUCAUUUCUGCUGAAGACAUGACCCAUUUUUAUCAUCCAUUGACACAUAUCUGCUGUAGAUGUCACCCAUUUCCAUGGAAACCAUGACCUAGAAAGAAACAUCUGACCCAGUUUCCCCUGUGCACAUGACCUAUUUUAGCAGUUAUAUAUUUGUAGCUGUGAGGUACAAGAACGGGUCUGGCUUAGUUUCGCGGGAAGCUGUAGCAAGCAACAAAUGGAAACAAGCACACUGUGUAUAUGUACUUAGUUUCUGCCUGACAUUUGAAGAUGGCAAACCCGUCACAGAAAUUGGUCACAGAAGUCAUCUACGUAACUGUCUCAGGGCUAUAACGAGGCGCACCAAAACGAAGAAGGAAACUUUUGAUAGUUGUGAAAUCUUUCUGCAUUCAGCAUCACUAUCCCCUACCCUGCAGCAGACAAGGAUUUCUGACCAGCUUUGUGGAUUUGAGGCAGACUGAUAAGACUUUUCUUUAGUUCUGACCAGUUUUGUUGAAAUCCGCUCUAAAGUUUUGUGACUGAUACGUGUAUUGAGAACAUGUCUGGAAGAUGGCAGGGCAAGCAGAAAUCUUUACUAUGGUUUGAUAUUCAAGACAACUGUAAAAGUGACUGUUCCCAUCUCACAUCUCUAGAAACUGCUGUGGCAACACAGGUGCAUUUGUUAACGUGCAAAAACGAAGAGGCAUUCUCAAAACUGAAGACUUCUCUUAUGAAGGGAGAUAAUUCAGGGUGUUCUGAUUUUUUUAAUGUUGUGAAUUGUGAUUCAGAUGAUUUUAGUUUUCUCUUCUUCAACCAAUUUCAGCGACUGAAGGAUGAUUGUUUCACGAAGAUUGUCGCCAUUGUUGGAACCAGUGUAAAUAUUUUAGUUAGUUUGAUCCUCUGUUAGUUGGAGGAGACGUGUCAUGUAAAAUCAUCGCAGUUCUAUCGUCACAUAUUGUCCCCAUCAUAUUUCACCUUGUUACAAAGUUUCAUGCUGCCAUUUUGACACAGUUGUUGGAAGGGGAAUCAAGACUGUUCUAGCAGUCCUGCAAAUUAAAUCAUCAUGUCCAGACUACUUCACACAUUAAAGGAAGAGUUCUUCAAAGAGAGAAAUUACUGGAUUUGACCUGGGUACUUUUAGCAACCAAAGGAAGAGUUCUUCUAAGGGUGACAACUGCAUAGGGAGUGGUUACUUAAGCAUUUAAUGAAGACUUCUUCCAAGGGAGAUAACUGGAUUGGCCUAGGCACUUUUAAAAUAUGUGGAAAAUUUUUUUUCCAUGGCAUGAAGUGGAUAUGCCUAGCUGCUUCAAGCAUUUACAGGAGAAUUCCUUUAGGGGAGAUAAUGGGACUACGUCUUGAACCUGCCAAAAAGAUGGUGUGUGCUGAUUUCUAAAAAGAUGUUCCCAUUCGCACUACUAUUCCUGGAUGGUUUCGUCAGCAAGGAAACAGAAAUGGCGGUGGUGUUUAUACGAACAUAUUUUUGUCCAAUGAUACGGCUUUAUUGUCAGAUGUCCAUAACUGUAUUUAUCUGUACAUACGUGUUUCUAUUUAGACCUAGGUCAUAUUAUAAUAAUGCAUUUUUUUUUAUGUUACAGUCCCAUUUUUGUUUUGUAUAUCUGUGAGUUUGUGGGUGUUGAUUGAAUGCGGCCUCUGUUCUGAUUUUUGCGUCCCUCUUGUAUAUACAUAUAAAUAUGUGUUAAAUGAGCAGCAUUGCUUCAACUAUCACCAGUGGUGUAACCCAAAUCAUGUACAGCCCAUUUCCUUGUAUGUCGGAGUGUUCAUUUCAGCCUAACAGAAGAAGAAUUCAUUUCCAAUUUGUCAAAGCCAUGGCUUUAGUGAAAGUGAUAUGAAAUUCGUCAUAGAUCUCUUAUUUAAAAAUCUGCUUUUAUAUACUCCGUGUAACAGAAAUUUUUUAAAUUAUGACUGGAUAUACAUAUAGUCACAUUUUAUGUUAAGAUAUGUUCAACAGUUUGUCUAU